AAUACAAACGUUCUCACAAACACACACAAACAAAAAAAAAAAAAAAAACUUUGUUUUUUAGGGUUUAUAAAAUAAGAAGGCCUCAUCCUCACUCUCACUCUUGACUCUCAGAAAAAAAAACCAAACCCCACACAGAGAUUUUCAAUUUCCCAAAUUCUAGGGUUUACUCUCAGGCCCUCCAAGCUUCGCUAAGCGACGUCUUUCUCAAAUUCAUCUCUUUCUUAUUACCGCACAACCUAGUUCUUGCCUAAUUUUGAUUUUUUUUUUUGUUCCUUUUAAGGAUAUUGUGCAAAUGGAUGGGUUGAGGAUUUGACCUGGGCAAAAAUUGGGUUUUUGUCUGAGAAAGUCUCAGUAAUCUAAGUGCUCCUUGGAUUGUCAUUUUUAAGUUGUGAUAUAUGAGAUGUAUGGACAAGGGAAUUAUGGUCCUCAGUUUGGGCAAGGUCCUAACACACCCAUGCCACCUGCAUACUCACAGCGCCCAUUGGCUCCGCCUCCACCUCCCCCCCAUUUCCAACAAGGGCCGCCUGCUCCACCCCCUCCUAUAAAUCAACAAGCUCCUCCUACCGUCCGACCUCAUGUAGGUAACCCAGGCCCCCAUAUAUAUCAUCAGCAUGGUCCUCCUGCCCCACUUUCCGCAAUGCAUCAAGGUCCACCUGGUGGGAUGCUGAACACAGGUCAACCUUAUUUACAAAUUCAAGGAAGCGCCCCAUUGCCUGUUACAUACUCAAGUACUCAACAGACUUCACAACAUCAAUUGCAUUUAGGGACACAGAAUGUGCAUCAUGCUCCACCAACAGUACCUCCUCCCCCUCCCCCUCCUCCUCCUGGUCCUCCUCGCUCAGAAAUCUUACAGGCCCCGCCUCCUCCUAGAGUAUUACCUCCUCCUCCUCCUCCUCCUCCUCCACAUGGACAGACAUUGUAUAGAGCUCCUCUUCAUCCACCACCACGGCAGCCUAGUGCUGUGCAGGGUCUUCAGCAAAUGUCGUCACCUCCACCUCCUCCUUCUACUUCUGGUUUUUCCAGUUAUGCAUCUUCCAUGGUUCCCCCACCCCCACCAUCUUCUCCACCACCUAUUCCACCUUCUCCACCACCGCUAACCUCUUCCCUUACUUCAUCUUCUAUUCCCAAUAAGGUUAGACAUGAUACAUCUGCCCAGGAUGGCUAUCGAAAUCAUGAAGGUGGAAGUGGAUGUGAGGUGGGCCUUCUAGCAAGAGAUGGUGUGUCAUCAACUGGAAGUGCCAUAUUGGAUCUUCCUUCACCUCCGCCUAAGCCAACAGAAGAAAAAGUUGUUCAAAAUAUUGAAGGUUUGUGCCAGCUUAUUGCUAAAAAUGGUAAUGGUAUUGAAGAUUUGACCCGUCAUAAAGAAGCUAGGAAUCCAGAGUUUGCAUUUUUAUUUGGUGGUGAGUCAGGAAGUGAAGCUGCAAUCGCUCACGAGUAUUUCCUGUGGAUGAAGAAGAAAUGCGUCUUGGAAUAUAAAAUUCCUGAAGGGCAAGGUGUCUCAUCAUCGAGUACUUUAAAAAUCGAGUCUUCAAUGCAAUCUGAACAUCUGAAGGUUGGUGCUGGAUGUGAUUCACCUUCUGAUUCUGACAUGGAGAUGGAAGAUGAUUUCACCCAGGCUGACAAAGACCAGGGAGUUAAUCACUCAAUUGAAGGAUUGAACAAUGAGUAUGAUCUGAUCCACAAGAAGCUUGAUGUGAAAGAGCAAUUACAUGUGCUACAUAGUAUAGCCGAAGGCAGCCCAAUGACGGAUGCCUCUUCUGUAAAGGUGACUCGCUCUGGGUCUUUAGAUGAUAUGAGGUCAUCCAAGGCUUCUGCAGCUGCCGUAGCUAUAAAUUCUGACAAGUGUUCUAGUGAAGUAAUCAAAGGUGGUAGCCCAUUCAGACUUCUACAAGACUAUGCUUCUGAUGACAGCUCAGAAAAUGAUGGUGAGCCCCGGCGUGAAGUUGGUAGUCCUUUGAUGCUCUCAUCAUCAGUUACAGAUGGUGCUGCAAAUUCCCAUAGAGAUGCUGGUUGUAAUCUGGGGACAGAUGAGUCCAAGAGUUCCUCCAGAAUUAAAAAGGGUUCUGGAUUGCUUUCUAAAUCCAACAUGCCCUACAAGGCUCCUGAAAUAUUACCAUAUUUGCAAAAAGAGGUUAAGGAUACUGGUGCAGCAUCUAUCUCAAGUGGGACAACUGAUGAACAUGUUGACUAUAACCAUAAAAAUAAAGUGUCUAUUAGCCAUGCUGUUUCUCUUGAGGCUGUCCGGGAAAAAGAUGACCCAGGCAGUGCUGGUAAUGAUGUUUCUAAGGGUGCUAUGUCUAAAAAGAAAAAUAAAGAGAAAAAAGAAAAGCUUGAAUCUGCUCCUUUAAAAGUAGAUGAAUUUGGGAGAUUGAUCAAGGAAGGUGGUACUGACAGUGACAAUGAGGAUUCCCGCUACACUCGGAGGCAUAAUAAGAGAGGUAGAAGCAGGAGCCGGAGCCGGAGCCGGAGCCAAUCUCCUGUAGAUAGGAGGAGGAGGAGGAGUCCACGUAGGAGAAGGGAGAGGCGAAGCCGAUCUCGCAGCUGGUCUCCUAGGAAGCGAAGAAGUAGGAGCAGGUCUCCCCUAUCUAGGCGUGCAGGUGAGAACAGUGCUGAAAAUCUUAGACGAGGCAAGGGUCAGAUUCCAGAAUGCUUUGACUUCCGCCGAGGAAGGUGUUAUCGUGGAGCCUCCUGUCGAUUUAUGCACAAUGAAUCUGAGAGGACCAGUGGAUCAAGGCACCAAAAAAGCAAACAACAGUAUCCGGAUGGUCCUCCUAGUGCAAAGAAUUCUAAGUUUCGAGAAGAUAACAAUAUUAUCUCAGUAGAAGUAUCUAAUCCUGAGCAUGAAGCAUUCAAGAGCCAGGAGAUGCAGCCCUGUGAAGAAACUAUUAGGGGUGCUAAGCAAUCUGGUAUUUUGGAUAAUGAUGGCCGAAUAUUCAAUUCUGAUGCCAUUAACUCUGAGAGUUCUGCAGAGGUCUCUGCUAAGGUGCAGGAAAUGCAUUUUGUUCAAGAAAAGCCCGAGCAGCCUACAACUGACAUUCCUGAUGGUGAGAAUCAUCAGGGAGCAGUGGACUCUUGUCAACCAUUGUCAGUAGAUGGUUUUCCCUCUCAGUCUGUAAGCGAUGCUGAAGCCCUGAAGUCACAAGGGCUUCAAAAUGCUGAUUGCCCAUCACAAUUGAUGGAUGACUCUUCGUUAUCUGAUUCACCACCAGAUCUUACAUCCAUGACUUCCUCUAAUAAGUUUUCAACCAGGGAACCUUUUCCGAAUAUGAAAACAUCAACUCAGCCAGGCCCUGAGACAAGUUCUAUCAGCCUACCGCUUUCAUCUGAACAGUUCCCAUCGCAACCGCUGGCCCCUAAAGAGUCGUCUCCUAGUAUUUCUGCUAUGGGUUUACCACAUCAUCCUUCUGAGUCACAUCCUCCUCCAGUCUCACAAGGUGUAAAUUCUGUGCAUAUGCCACAGCCGCCGAACUAUUUGAUACCACAGAGUGCACCCUUUCCAUUUCAAUCUGCUCCUGGGGAAAGUUUUCAUCCUUAUCAAGCUCCAUUACCCAGCCAACAUUCUCAAUAUUCUGUACCGCCAAUGUCUUCUUGGACUUCCUUGCCACCACCGCCUCCACGACCAAUGUAUGAUUCAACUUCUAAUGCAGGAACUGCCACAACGGGUGUUUCUUCACAAUUUCAGGAGAGUCAUGUGCUCGCCUUUGGUUCUCAGACUUCAGUAAGGCACUACCCUAGCAAUAUGCCCUAUUAUGUGCAGGUUGGCGAAUUUCCUUAUCAAACCCAUCCUCCAGGGCAGGAGCCUCAGCGACCUCUCUUGUAUGCGGAAGAUUUUAGAUCAAACCCACCACCUAUGGGCAACCCGGAUUUAAUUUCUUCAAGCUCCUUUGCUCCUGGCAAUAUGCACUCUCAACCUAUGCCCUCCUCACAUAAAUUAUUUACAAACCAAAUGCAACCUUUUUCUGGUGACAAUUUGCUUCCUGGUGAACAUAUGAAGUCAUCUUCCCAGAUUCAUCCUUAUUCACAGCAGCAACAGCCACCAUAUGGUUUGCAAUACCCCGCAACUGAUAGCAUUUUGGGUGUGCCUGGAACGACUGGUUCUGCGUCCAGAUACACCCCAGAUCUUGCGGAUGGGAAGUCAUCUCAACUUCCUGAUUUUGGUGGUUCAAGAAUUUCUGCUCAUUAUAAUCCCUAUGCAUCUACUUUUGAGCAGCCACUGAGCACCAAAUUCAGUUCUGAUGUAUUUAAGCAAGAAAAGGACACACCCUAUUCUAGUAAAUAUGAUAGUUCAUUAAAUUUGAGCCAUCUGCCAGUUGAUGGGGUAGGUUUAGGCAGUGUCACAUCAAGACAGACAACUUCCUCCCCAAGUUCCACCAAAGCAGUUAGGCAGAUUUUGCCUAGGUCAGGUGGUGACCAGUAUGAUCCACUUUUUGACAGCAUUGAGCCAUCAUCAAAAUCUCAGAGGAAAUAUGAUCAUGGUCAAAAGCAGGAACUUACUGGUGACUCUGACACCAUAUUAAGGCUCAGUGGUACCCGCAAGCCACUGGAUGUGGAAGAGAAGCACAAAGAGGUUGGGGCUGUUGCUUCAACUACAUCCCUCGAUAAUGAUGAAUAUGGUGAGACAGCAGAUGCAGAAGUGGGUGCUGUUGAAAAUGAUAGCCCAAGUGAUCCUCUUAAUUUACCAAACAUGACUCAGGGUGAAAUUGAGAUUGACCAAAUUAAGUCCUCGGGGAAGAGCAAGAAGAGCAAGGAUUCCAGAUCAAUGAAACUUUUCAAGAUUGCCGUUGCAGAUUUCGUAAAAGAGGUUCUUAAGCCGUCAUGGCGACAAGGUAAUAUGAGCAAGGAGGCAUUUAAGACCAUUGUGAAGAAGACUGUUGAUAAGGUUUCUGGAGCCAUGAAGAGCCACCAGAUACCCAAGUCUCAGACAAAGAUAGAUCAAUAUAUUGACUCAUCACAGAGGAAACUGACGAAACUUGUGAUGGGCUAUGUUGAUAAGUAUGUCAAGGUGUAGAAGUUCAUGUGAGCCGUGAUUCCAGCUUGCUAUGGUAGAAGAUCUUGGUUAGACUUGCAACGCAGCAUUAUGAUAGUUUUGUUAAGAGUUCCAGGGUUUAGAUGGGGAGUUUUCUGCUGGCAUCUUUUAGGUCAGUACUUUGUGAAGUUUGCCAUUGCUAGUGCAAGGAAAACAUUGCAGCUUUUGGAGACAUGAACUUAAUGACAGAGGUUAUUAGGAUUCCAACCUCAGUAGAGUCCUGAGGCGGCUGCAAAAGGUGUAUGUAUUUCGUUUCUUGGAAUACAAUUAUUGUGUUUUCUCUUCAUCUGUUGUCUAUUCAAUGUUCUACACCCUCUGUAAAUGAUCCCAUCCAUAAAAUUAUUUCUCAGUAAA